AGUAAAGUUUGACUCGACCCUCAGUGCGAAGUGUCAGCUGAAGACUAAAGUAAAAGAAAAAACCGGGCUGCCUGAGAAUGUGAGCAGCCGUGGGACUCGAUACCUGUAAUGCUGUGGGGGAGAAAAUUAACAAAGGUUUGGUCCCGUGAUUCGACGCCAUCCGCCUUGAAAUAACAGCGCGACGUACGGAAUUAAAGCGGCCAGGUCGGAGCGGAGCCUCAUCACUACCAGAGUUGGGACGACCUAAGAGGACAACAGCCAGCUCCCUCGGCCUUUGAGGUGCCUUUAACAUGGCAAAUCCAAAAGAAUCUCACACCGUCUAAUAGUCCUGAGGAACUAAGUUUGUGCCAGUGCAUCGCCCCCCUUUUUCAGCACCAUCAUCUCAAACAUUUGGCUCCCACCUGGUGCAGCCAUGCAUCUAGAGGUGAAGGUUGCCCUCAACUUCAUUGUAUCCUACCUGUACAACAAGCUGCCUCGGCGUCGAGCCGACCUGUUUGGCGAGGAGCUGGAGAGGAUACUGGUGUCUCGUUUUGAGGGGCACUGGUACCCCGAGGCUCCGCUGAGGGGCUCUGCGUUCCGCUGCCUCCACCUGGGAGCGCCGCGGGACCCCGUGGUGGAGUUGGCCGCUAAAAGAAGCGGACUGGACACGGAGGAAGUUCGUGCAAAUGUCCCUGCAGAGCUCAGUGUGUGGAUCGACCCGUACGAGGUGUCGUACCAGAUUGGAGAGAAGGGCGCUGUGAAGGUGCUCUACCUGGAGGAUCCUCCAGGCCUCGGCUGUGACGACGACAGGGACGAGGGAGUGGCCAGAGAGGGCAAAGGAGACGCAGAAGCCGAGGAGGCAAAGUCCGUGGGCUUUAACCCGGAUGCCCAGGUCUUUGUGCCCAUUGGAAGCCAAGCAUCUCCCGCCCUCAUGCCCUCGCUGUCCAGCUCUCCGACACCUCUGUCCACCCAGUCCUGCCCCGGGCUCUUCAGCUACCCCAGCUCCAGCACGCCCCCUGACCCCGGCGUCCACUCGUCCAACACUUCUACCCCUUCCCCCCCCAGCAGCGGGCUGCCCUACCUCUCCACCCAGCAGCCGCCCUCCACCAUCCCCCCCGCCCGCCCGCAGCCCAUCACCUUCACCACUGCCAGUUUUGCCGCCACUAAAUUCGGCUCCACCAAAAUGAAGAAGUGCAUCGGGGCCGGGCUGGCGGCCGGCUCCGGCGUCAUCGUACCGACCUCCCAGCGGAUGAUCUCCCGCUCUCCCACCAACAUCCCGGCGGCAGAACUGCUCAAGCACAAGCCCCUUUCUCUGUCUUUGCACUCCCUCGGCGGCCCCAUUCCCAGCCAGCUCUCUCCCAAUGCCAAAGAGUUUGUCUACCCAGGAUCCCCGGGCCCCUUGUACUUUGAUGCCGACACCCAGCCCAUGCAGCCUCACGCCAGCCCUUUCCAGCCUCCGCACACUGUCAACGCCACUCCGUCCUUUGACCCGUUCUCCAGCCCUCCCGCCCAAAGUGUGAGCAUCAUCGGCGGCAACGGAGGAAUCCCGUUCAUGGAGAAGCCCCCUUUUGUGGAGGGCUUGGGAAGCUACAGCCUGCAAUACCCCAACCAGUCCUACCAGCCCGUGGUGCUGGCCAACUAAGCCUUCAUUUCUAAUAAUUUUUGGCAGGAAAAGUUGGAUUUAGGACAGAGAUGCUUCACAUAUUUUCAGUUUUUCUAACAAUUUGUUCUAAUGCUAAUAAAUGUCAAGUAUUAGUUUUACUACCAAGACAAAAAAAGAAAACAUGUCCUAUGAAUAUUUCAUGUAAAGUGUUUUUGUAACCCGUAACCCCCUACCUUGCCCUUCCUGUGUCAUUGCUGUUCCUUGUCACUUUCUCCAAAUCGACAGGAGUGUGAUGGGGUGACCGUUCCCCCUGCCUUCAGUCUUUUUUUCCUAAAAUGUUUAUUUUUGCAUCGAAUGUUAAUGGUUUUCUUUUUGUUUUUUCCCUUUUUUCUCAAUUUCUAGUCUAAUAGACUCGACUGUAGUAUAGCUCCAUUUUGCACUGCACUGUCAUGCUGUGAAAAAGGACUUUGCCAAGUCCUGCAGGGAACGACGGCUGUGGAAAACUCAGCACUUUGCUCUGCAAUCUGCUCUGCCCUACUUGCCACAAACACAGAGAUUGAGGAGGAGGAGGAGGAGGAGGAGGAUGAGGAGGAGGAGGGGCGCUUUGCUGUGUAUGUUUGCGUAGUCCUGCUUUGUUUUGUUGUGGCUCGGCUCGAUCGAGGCACUGGUUGGUCUGAUGGAUGUAUAUUGAAAGCUGGUCCUCUUUUUUAGCUGAAAGCUUCAUAUGACCAGAGAUGAAAAGAUGCGAAAGCAGGGGAAGGGACAGAAGAAGGAUGUAGUAGAAUGUAUUGUUGCUAUGAAGGUUUUGGAACAAACCUUUGUUUUUGUGAAUGUGAAUUUUGGACGAUAGCCACGAGGUAAUGCCUCAAUAUAAAUGCACAGGGAAACGAAUAACAUGGCCGCACCGUAUGCAUUAAUGUACACAUUCCCGUCAGCAGUGUGUGAAGGUGAACAGGCUGGGGAGGGAGGUGUGGGGGGGGGAGGGGAUGCAGCAGUUAAGCAGUAGGGAUUGUGAUAAAUGGCUUAGCAUGACUUUGACUAUGAAGGAGAGGUUUUCCUCUGCAUGGAGAGGAGGGAGGGAGAUGGGAGAGAAACGGCUAGAUGAUUCUGUUGCCUCUGCGUUGUCCGGGGUGUGUUGGCUUGGUGGAGGAACACUUUAAAACUCAGAGCACGUUUCUGGUGAGCUUAAACGGUAUUGAAGUGAGAGGCUCGCACCAUUCUCUUCCCUCCUCUUGAAAUUCUCCAGCAAUCUCAGCUCCUCGGCCCGAGAGUGGGAAUCGUACCGUCGCGGUUGCUCUACGGUGUGAACAAAGAGGCGAAAGAGGAGUGUCCUGUGUGUGUGGCUUGUUAGAUUUCUGACGUUUUCUAACCAAGUACGUUUGACGGCCGGCUCAUAAGUCACUGUUGGUCAGUCACAACAGGGAAGAGUAACCUCUGGCUGUCCAGCACUUUAUCACUGGGCUCCUGAUGCUGUGUCACCACGAGCAUCAGCACUAGAACAUUUAGUCCUCUGGUUGUUUCACGUUUUAUUCAGCUGAUAUGAAAUGCUUUAGAAAUUAAAAUGGGAUACACUUGUAUUUAAUGUUAUACCUUUUUUAUUCUUGGCUGUUUAUUUGAAUGUUUUCCAGAUUUUGCCUAAGAUGACUCGAAGACCCUUAACUUGUGGUCAAUGGUUUUUCCAUGACAUGUUGUCAUAAACAUACAAAAUUUCCUUUUUUUUCCCCCCUCUUCUCGAAGGGGUGCGGAUACAAAUGCUAGGGAUUUUUUUUUUUUUUUUUUAAACUUGCAUUUGUGUGAACAAAACAUGUCAACUCCAGGAUUGUGUGUGUACUUUUGUGUAUAUAAAAAGUUCUUAUGUUCAGAUUCUUUGUUUAGUUUCUUACAUGAAGUUAUAUUUUCAGAAAAGUAACAUGAAUAUAUGCAAACUAAGACAAAAUAAAGAUGUACAGAAUAAAGUAUUGAAUGUGUAUUGUACCUUGUACAGUAUUUGUCUAAUAAGACGGGUAAAUGUAUCCUUCAGUUUGGGUUUGGUGUUAAAGAAAUGAAUGUUUACAGUGGGUUUGUGUAGGAAAAGAUGGCCAAUAUCACUCUGUGCUCCCAGGGCAGUCAACAACACUACAUUUUAAACCAAAAAUUGCCACAUUUGAUGCUGAUUUUUAGUUGUUUUUUUUUUCCUUUUAUGUACAUGCAUCCAGAUAGUCAGAUUUACUUAAAUUAAGCAAUGCAUCUUUACACCCCCCCUCCCCAUUUUAAAACAUCAAAAUGUACUUUACUUUUAGACUCUUCUCCGAGUCAGCCAGGACCUUUUUGAUACAGUAGCCAUAUCCCCUAUCGUCUUUGCUUACACUGAUGCCCCACGUCCUCCAGCUUGCAGCCUAAUGCCAUAAUCUUAAAUAUCAGUGGGAUUCAAUGGGUUUUUCUACCUCUUUGCACCCUAUGGAGAACAAACAAACAAAUCCAGUAUGUGUUCAGCAAGAAAAGGGUCUCGUGACAGGUUUUGAAGGAUGUAGGACAUGAAUGUGGUGCUGAUCUGAUGGGUCUGAUUGCCAGUCCUGUUUUAGACGGCCUGUGACAAAAUUUACCCCAGUACUUUAUUAAAUCCAGGAGGGAAUCGUCUAAAAUGACAAAUUUUAGCGUGAUCUGAUUAGUUGUCCUCUUCAUGAGUGAACUCCUUUUGCAUGUGAAAACGCCGCUGAUAAAACAUAAACCCGUCUAGAUGCAGGCCGCUCGACAAACAGAACCCAACAUUAAUGAAGAGGGGAAAAAAGAGGAGUUUUGUAUUCUGAUGUCCUUGUGUCAGUAUGUGCAUUUUAUUUUGCACUUUGGAAUAUUUCAUUGUCAAAAAAAAGAAUUAUUUUAUACGUAAACUUUAACAUUUCAGAUUAUAAUAGAUGCAAAUACAAGAUCUGAGAUAUAUAUAUAAAUGUAUAUGUCAUGUUUUGUUUCCUGCCUGUAUUUUAUUAUUUUUCCUAUUUUGUAUGGAUCUGUACACCCUGUAGAUGUCUAAUGAAUCUUUCACUACUGAAAUGCAAUGACCUGUUUUCUGUGUUGCCCCCUGGGAAGGGGGGAGUUACUACUGCAGUUUCUUAUUGUAUCAGAUUCUUUUUUAAGUUUGUAAUAAAAAAAAAAAGAUGGCAGAAAUAAGCAUGGGAAAUAAAGUAAUCG